GGAAUCAAUGCAUUUGGCAUCGGUCUCAGUACCAGUUCGUCUCUUCCAUCUUCCACUCAAGGUCGGUCAACUCUUCGGAGCAAGCUCGUUACACCAGGAAUGAAGAUGAAAGCCUCCUGGAAAGUCGCUAUCGCCGUAAUGGCGACCAUCUCGCAAGCACAACUUUAUAAGAUUCCACCAGCCGAGCUCGUCAACACCCGCUGCAACGACGGAAAAAAGCUGCCUACAGCUACGUACGGCGGUGACGGCAUCAUCUUCACCGUGUGCUCCGAGCGUGUGCUGAAGGCAUCGAUCGCAGAGACCUACGAUGCUCUCUUGGACUUCAGUCGCUACUCGGAAUGGAACUCAUUCGUCGUCGAUGUGCAACCAGUUGAUCCCAAAUCACUGCCACCCGGCCCUGCUCCCCUCGAAACCAAAGUGAAGUUCAUUACGCAGGGUUUGCUCGGGCCAUUCAAUUCUACCUCGGACGAAAUUGUCACCAUCGACAUAAGAAAUGUGGACGGCAAAGGCAAGAUUGCUGUCAAUGGCUGGAGAUAUGACGGUCCCGGUCAGCUUGCGGAACACCUCAACAUCCUCACAGACCUUGGUGAUGGUACGAUCAGAUAUGUCAGUUACGAAUCUUACUAUGGACUGCUAGCUCCUGUUCUGGCUCUUUUGUUGAAGAAAAACCUCCAGAAAGCCUUCGAUGCGCAGGGAGAUGAUCUGAAGCGAUAUGUUGAAGCCUAAAAGCAGAGUGCGCUGCCUCGAAAAACGCCACCAAGGUAGCGUCCAGUUGUCAAAACACCGCAUCACGAGAUUCUUGUUUGUUUUACGCCAAUACUGUCUCAUUCUCGUUCAGGAUGCACGAAGUUGGCGGACGCAAGGAAUACCUUGGUUCACUUCCAAACAGUCGGAUCCUGCCGAGGCACUGUGCAGAGAUGGAAUGAGAGUGAAGAAGGAUGACCGCGUCUCGUUCCUGACCUUCGCGCACAAGCACCGGCACAAGCCUCAUGACUUGCGACGAUGAAGGCUUGGAGCCUCUUGAUAAGCGUGUGUGAUUCCAGCUACGCCGCAUCCUUCGAGUAGAAGCACGCAACGAUGCUUCCUGGCUGAGCCGAAGGUUCAGCGUAGGCGUUGGCCAGACUGCGCCUCCGCCACAGCGCACAAUUAAUAACUUUGACUUCUCCACGAACGCAUGAUCGAUAUAUAGCGACCAUUGGAUCUGUACU